AUGCCAUCCUUCUCCUCCUCAAAUCACCUAAUUCGUUCCAUGCGUUCUCUUCUUCUUCCUUCACAAAAUAUUGCCCUUACCAGCUGGGUAUCGUGGCCAGGGUUGGUGGCGUUUCAUGUUGCCAAAGGGCACCAUACCGAUGCAAAAGACAGGGUCUCGGACUUGGGAUCCAUUGCUGAUGACAACGAAAGAAAUACAAAAACACAGUCGUUUCAGGUACAGCCAAGAUCCGUUCCAGUUCAUGUAGCACACGAGCUUCUUCAGGCUGGACACCAGUAUUUGGACGUCAGGACCCAUGAUGAGUUCCGUGCUGGACAUCCUUCUGGGGCCAUGAACAUUCCCUACAUGUUUAAAAACGGAGCAGGCAAAUCUCUUGAAAUAUUAUCUCAAUAA